GGGCGGGGGCUUACCGGCCGGCGCGCAGCCGGGCGGAGCGUAGCGGCGGCAUCAGACCCGGCUCCGGGACGGGGACCGGGACCGGGACGUGUCCCGCUGACUGGACGGCGGCGGAGGAUGGGUUGCGUGAAGUCGAAGGAAGCUGGUGUCCAAGAGGAGGUAAUAAAAACUGACACCAACCCCAGCCCCAGCCUCCAGCAGGGCCAUUACGUGAGGGACCCCACGACCACCAACAGGAGGAACGAUAAUGUCCCUGAUGUGGCCGUGCCCCUGCCCGAGGAUGGCUCAGGAGAUGACGUGGUGCUGGCGCUCUACGACUACGAGGCGUUGCACACUGGGGACUUGAGCUUCCAGAAAGGGGAGCGGCUGAGGGUGCUGGAGGAGUCAGGGGAGUGGUGGCAAGCACGGUCACUGGCAACUGGGUGCGAAGGCUUCAUCCCCAGCAACUAUGUUGCCCGAGCCAACUCACUGGAGACAGAGGAGUGGUUUUUCAAGGGCAUCAGCCGGAAGGAUGCUGAGCGGCAGCUCCUUGGCCCCGGGAAUGUGAUUGGGUCCUUCAUGAUACGGGACAGCGAGACGACGAAAGGCUGCUACUCACUAUCAGUGCGGGACAGGGACGACCUGCAGGGCAGCAGUGUGAAGCAUUACAAGAUCCGGAUGCUGGAUAGUGGUGGCUUCUACAUCUCCCCACGCAGCAGCUUUGAUACGCUACAGGAGCUGGUCCAGUACUACAAGGGGAAGAGCGAUGGGCUGUGCCAGAAGCUCACCUACCCCUGCUGCGUGCCCAAACCACAGAAGCCCUGGGAGAAAGAUGCCUGGGAGAUCCCUCGGGAGUCACUGAGGCUGGAGAAGAAGCUGGGAGCUGGGCAGUUUGGAGAAGUGUGGAUGGCUACCUAUAACAAGCACACCAAGGUGGCAGUGAAGACGAUGAAGCCGGGCAGCAUGUCCGUGGAUGCCUUCCUGGAAGAGGCGAACCUGAUGAAGACGCUGCAGCAUGACAAGCUGGUGAAGCUGCAUGCAGUUGUCACCAAGGAGGAGCCCAUCUACAUCAUCACUGAAUUCAUGGAGAAAGGGAGCUUGCUGGAUUUCCUGAAGAGUGAUGAGGGGAACAAGCAGCCGCUCCCAAAGCUGAUUGACUUCUCUGCCCAGAUUGCAGAAGGAAUGGCUUUUAUUGAGAAGAGGAACUACAUCCACAGAGACCUGAGAGCUGCCAAUAUUCUUGUGUCGGCAACACUGGUGUGCAAGAUUGCAGACUUUGGACUGGCCAGAGUCAUUGAAGACAAUGAAUACAUGGCCCGGGAAGGUGCCAAGUUUCCCAUCAAAUGGACUGCACCAGAAGCCAUCAACUACGGAUCUUUCACUAUAAAAUCAGAUGUCUGGUCCUUUGGGAUCCUCCUGACUGAGAUCAUUACCUAUGGGCGCAUCCCAUACCCAGGGAUGUCGAGUGUGGAGGUGAUCAGGGCCCUGGAGCAUGGGUACCGGAUGCCCCGCACAGAGAACUGCCCUGAGGAUCUGUACGACAUUAUGAUGAGAUGCUGGAAGACCAAACCAGAGGAUCGUCCCACCUUUGAGUACACACAGAGUGUUUUGGAGGAUUUCUUUACUGCAACAGAGAGCCAGUAUCAGCAGCAGCCAUAAAUGCAGGAAGCUUGGUGAAGACAGCAGAUAUCCCACACAAUGCCCGCUGCGUUAGCAGCAGCGAGCACAUGCACCCUGUCCCACUUGUGAUCUGCCUGUGCAUGCCUUCCUCUGCCAGCCUGGCCCAGGAACCAGAGCUUUCUGGUGGGGGUGGGAGGAAGCCAUGCUCAGGCCAGCCCUGUGGGGCUGCCGGAUGGAUGGAGAAGUGAUGCAGGGCCGUACCUUGUGCCUUUCACAUGUGCCUGAGUGCCUGCGAGGCUGCUGCUCUGGGAAGCACUGGAUGGAAGGAUGGGGCUGGGCCUGUUUCAGCUACAAAGAAAAAAAACCCAAACAGAUUAUUGUUAUUUUGUAAUCCUUCUGAGAUCUUAUCAUGCUGUUUUGCAAAAGUAGGUGCUUUAGCUGCAAUGGCCUCGGUAAAACGCUGUUACACUCUGGGCGUGCUGCGCAGCACCCACGCCCCUGGUCCCUGCGUGUUGGGGAAAUCCCAGUGGAUUCAGAUCUGGGCAUGCUGCGAUACAGCGCAUCAGCUUGUCCUGGACACAGGAUCCUGGGUUUUGAAUAUCAAGUAUCGCAAAAGCAUGUCUCUCUCCUUGCCAUCCUGGGUUUCCUUCCGAAGUAUUUUUGUGGUACUCCCUCGGCAGAGUUUGGGUGAGGCUGUGCCAGUGAGGCAGGCAACAUGUGCUGCAGGGCAUGGACAGACAUAGAUGGAGGGAGUCCCUGGACAGAUUCCCCCAGCUUGCCUUAGGAGGGGCUCCUCCAGCCAAGGGCAUCACUAAGCCUGCUGCCGCGGCCCAAGGAGCCCCCUCUCUCCACAGCAAAGCGCCUCCGCUCCCCUCGCAGGCAGGAUUUAACAUCUGCUGGGGCAUGUGCGGUACCGGCAACGAGCCCAGCGUUCCUUGCACGCUCAUUUUAUGCUGUUCUUUAUUUUUAGUAUUUAAUGGUGGGUUAUGUGAGGAAAAGGAGGAAGGAAUAUUUUUUUUAAGAUUGCCCUGUACGUCUUACAGAAGGGAGCUUCUUGACCUGUGGUUAUAUUUCCCUCAUAGAAUGAGGCAAACACCGUUGCUUCUAUGCUUUUUUAUCAGCUUUGGAAGCUUCUUUUUGUAAUCAGUAAAGUAUUUAUAAACCUCU